AUGCGUGUGUACAGUUCUAUAUCUCAGAACGCUGUGCUGAGAACUUUCACCAGAAAACGGGUCGGUAAUGAACAGAAGCUCUGGCACGGAACGAUCCGACAAUGCAAGCUUGGAGACGAUGGGCGGAACCUGCGGCCAUGCGGCGACCCCCAAUGUGCACUCUGUCAGAUCAUAAGCACGAGCUACCAAAAGAAGUUCUCUGACAGUAGGGGCAGGUACGGUAAGGGGAUAUACUCUUCAACGACAUCGUCGAAGGCUGCUGGAUAUUCCAAGAAUGGUCAGCCAUCAGAGUAUAAAGCUAUGCUUCUGAACAACGUGGUCGUUGGACGGACCCACGAGACAAACGACGCGAUGAGUAGGGCCACAUCGCCUCCGAAAGGCUACGACUCGGUUUGUGGAUUACCGUCUGACGGAGGGCUGAAGUUCGACGAGACAUGCGUAUAUGAUGAUGACGCUAUCCGCCCAGUUUAUCUUGUUUUGUAUGACGCUAAGGCUUGA